GUACGAAUGUUCUUUUACUAUAUGCCUAUUUCUAGUAGUUCUAGGUGAAACUUGUGGAAAUCAUCAACAUCACGGAUCAGUCAUAUAUCACGAUUUCAGAUCUUCUGCAGCGAGCAGCCCCUUCGUCUGACUACGGUGCGAGCAUGGACAUGCAAGUACAUCAAGAGUUCACAAAAUGGGCUGUGAAUCAAGGUGUCGUUAUCAAUAAUGUUUCGCCUUUCCGGUUUCCAGAAAAGGGUCUGGGACUAAUAGCGAACAAGAAUUUCGAGAUAGGUGAUACUCUGGUGCAGGUCCCCAUAAAGGCACUUCGUAAAGCUACGGAUGUACCUUCGCAGUUUGCAGCGCUGGCACGGGAACUAGCUGUUCAUGCUCUCUUCGGUCUAUCUCUGGACUCACUGCUCGGGCCGGAAUGGAAAGCUACUCUCCCUUCUAAACUGGACAUGCAUAGUUCUAUGCCUUUAUUCUGGGAUCUCUCAUUACAAGAGCUUCUUCCGUACUCAUCCCAAGCUCUUCUUAAAACGCAAAUGGAAAAAAUCACUUCUGCUUGGACGAUCAUCUGCAAAGCAUUUCCAGAACCACCCAUAACCUACGAUGAAUUCAUGUACAACUACAGUAUUAUCAACAGUAGGACAUUCUACUACCUUUCAUCGAUCAUCAAAUCAUCUAAACCACUACCAUCUAAAGAGAAUCGUCUUGCGUUGAAUCCCUUCGCAGACUACAUAAAUCAUAGUUCAGAACCCACGGUUGAUGCGACUCUAUGUCGCGCUGGCUACACACUCACGGCCUCGCAACCCAUCAAGCAGGGCUCCGAAGUGCACAUUUCAUAUGGAAGUCACAACAACGAUUUCCUUCUCGUCGAGUAUGGCUUUAUACUCGAAGACAACCGCUGGGACGAGGUAACUCUGGAUCCCUGGAUAACACCAUUACUAAACGGAGAGCAAAAAGAGCACCUCCAAGAGAUGGGGUUUCUCGGUAAAUACCUCCUGGAUCGAGACACCAUAUGUUAUCGCACGCAAGUAGUCCUCAGGAUUAUAUGUCUGCCGAUAGGUAGAUGGAGAAGAUUCGUACAGGGAUCUGAGGGCGAAGAGGUGUCACAGGAGGCUGCGGAUGAAGUUUUAUUGAAAGUACUAAUGGCUGGUAAGAUGGAGAUGAUGGAAACAAUCAAAAAGAUAGACGAAAGCCAGGCAGGACUUGAAAGUCAAAGGAAUACGUUGACCAGGCGCUCGAACCAAAUUAUUUUGUUGCUGAAUAAAGCGUUAAAUCGAAUUGAAUGCUAAACUUCAUGAAUUUUAACUUUGCGUUGUGUGAUGGACUUCUUGAGAAGGCCCCUCAAAUCUACUAAAUCAUAGCAUGAGAGCCAUCUUGUGCCUUGCAAUACCCUUUAGUCGUCUUCGAAGGGCGAGUAUUACUGACACUCGAAGCAUCGUGCGAAAUGGGUCAAAAGGGGUCGGUGCAACUAC